GGAUGACCAAGAAGAUUGGUGCUGCUGUUUCCGAAGGCGUGGAAGACGGAACUUGUAAACUUUCUGGAGGCGGAGACGAAAGCAGUGAGUAGUUGUAGGAAAAUAGGGAAUAAUUCAGUGACCUAAAGCAACGGGCCAGUGUCAGAUCUCACGACUUGCAUAUUUGCAUGCAGUUUCGAGAAUACGGAUCAAUCCAUCAGUCCUCACCAUUCCAUCAUCAUGAGCAUGCAAUCAACCAUCAUGAGCAUACAUGCAAUCAAUCAUUAUGAGCACAGUUUGGAACUUGAGCAUCGUCCUGAAGUAUCAAGAGCACAUCCACGAAGAAAAUCAAAAUAUAUUCGCGAUACUUCAGAAGAAUUUUGUUUCGCACAGGAGGAGGGGAUGGCCUCACUUUAUUCUUCUGCCUUAGCAAAACGCAAUUCACGAUCUAUUCAAUUUUGUUUUGAACGGUACGAGUCAACCUCACCAGACAUAGUAUGA